AUUUGAUUUGUCAUGCCUCUAGUUGAAGUAGACAUGGACGAGUUCCUGGUUCCCCAAUCGAGGAGACAGAUGCGAGAGAGUGCAGUCUCCUUUGCUCCUCAGACCACAGCUGAUCCAAUGCCAAUUUAUGACCUGAACAGACCCAUUUCCUGUGGAACCACCACCAUUUGCAUGGAGUUCGAAGGAGGCGUCGUGUUAGGCGCUGACAGCCGAACCUCUUCUGGGCCCUUCAUCGUGAGUCGUGUCACUGACAAACUCACCAAAGUAGUCGACAACGUCUACGUCUGCAGAGCAGGAAACGCAGCGCACACCCAAGCACUCACAGAUGUAGUUGCCUAUCACAUGGAUUUCUACAAAAUGAACAAUAAAGGCAAGCAUCCCCCGGUUGAGCUAGCAGCCAACACGUUCCAGGAUCUGGGCUAUAAUUACAGAGAUCAACUGUUGUGCAGUUUUGUAGUCGCAGGUUGGGAUGAUAUCAAAGGAGGCCAGGUGUAUCAGGUCCCGAUAGGAGGUCUUAUCUCUCGCUUGCCCUGGUCAAUGGGGGGAUCGGGCAGUAUCUACGUGUACGGGUACAUGGAUGCCAUGUUCAAAGAGGGAAUGAAAAGAGACGAAGCUAUUAACUUUAUGAAGACAUUAUUGGGUAUGGCGAUCAGUCGCGACGGAGGCAGCGGAGGAAUAGCGAGGGUGGCGCUGAUUACCAAAGAUGGAGUCGAAAGGAUGACCUUUUCAGAAGACCAAGGAAAUCUGCCCCUGUUUAGAAAGUGAAGUUUUCAUAUGAUACACCACUGAACUUGGGAUAAAAUGCAAUGAAUGAGUAGAAAAGUGCUGUAUGGUUUGAAGUUUGUUCGCUGAUUGGAUGGAUAAAUAUAGUUUAAUUGGACGGUCGUCAAAGUUCCUGUUAUUUGUUUAAUAUUAAUUUGACCCCAGUAA